AUGAAAUCAAAACCUUCGCUUGAAGAAGCCACCAAAGCCUGUGACCGUCCUUCGACAAAUAACGAUAAUGUUGAUCAAUUUUCGUGUGAUAAAGAAACUAUAGAUGCUUUCAGCACAGAUAGUUUGACGAUGACGGCGCCGUUACAAGUCCCACCACAAUUAACAGCCACAUCAGAGCACAGAAUCGAUUUCGAGCGGGAAGAGGACACAACGUUAAAACAACUCCAGUCGUCCCAGAACAGUUUAAAUGAAUUCUUCCUGAACAAUUCAUCGUGGAAUAAGACUACUCUGUCAAAAAUGUCAUCACUGCCGUGUAUUAAACUUAGUAAACCGGAUGACAGUUUAGAAUUAUCAAGAAUAACCGUCAUCGAGACUCCUCAGUCGUUACCUGAUAUUCCAAAACGUUCGAUAAUCAAAGAUAUCGCCAAAAUAGACGUGGAUUAA